ACAUCAUUGGAGGGAGGAGCUCUUGAUUGUCUUAAGUCUGCUCAGAAGUCGCGGAAUUCUGGACACAAAAUAUAACUUUGUGGGAUCAUGGCCUGGAGCGACAUGGAACUUCAAGUGUUUUUACUGAUUUUGUUUCUCUGUUUGACUUCCAAGAGAUGCGAGGGCAAAGUGAAUCACAAACCGUCGUGCGGAUAUCCUCCCUCGCAGUGGUGCCGAACUCUGGAAAUAGCGCUUGAGUGCGGGGUUCAGAAGCAGUGCCUGGAGCUGCGUGCCACGCGGCCCAACGUGACGGUGCCCCCGGUGGAGCUGACCCUGUACUACGAGAGCCUGUGCCCUGGCUGCAGGGACUUCAUUACGCAACAGCUGUACCCCACCUGGACACUCCUCAGGGACAUCCUGAGGGUCAACCUGGUGCCAUACGGGAAUGCAAAGGAGAUGCAGAAUGCAGUCAUCUGCCAACAUGGGGAGCCAGAGUGUCAUGUCAACCUGGUUGAGGCAUGUAUCCUACACACCACCAGCCAUGAAGCUUUCCACGUCAUCAACUGCAUGGAGUCUGCCUCCGAUGUCCUGACUGCAGCUCAGUCUUGCCUGCAGCUGUUUGCCCCGUCUGUCCGAUGGGAGAACAUCUCGUCCUGUGUCCGGGGGCCUCUCGGCCGGAGUCUGAUUCACGAGAACGCGGCCAAGACUCGGGCGCUGAACCCGGCGCACACACACGUGCCUUGGGUCACAUUCAAUGGGAUGUACACAGACGAAUUGGAAGAUCAGGCGAUGUCCUCUCUCUUCCAUCUGGUUUGCAGUUUGUACAAAGGAGGCAAGCCUCCAGCCUGUACUGGAGCCCUGCGUAAACUAGACAGAAGCUUCUGCUGACAGAAUAACUCCAAGACAUGAUGUGCCUUUCAUACAUUUCUUUUACAAUAAAUGCCUCUUAGGCCUGUCUAUUGGGCUGUUGACUACUUUGAUUUCUUAAGCACAUAUAAACUGCCUUAUUGUUGGGACAUUAAUUUACACUGACCUUUCAAGAUGGCUGUCAUAUAGAACCCAGUGAGUUCAGUGGUGAACUUUACAGCAAACAUGCACUGGAAGCUUAUUAUUAAUUAUUGUUAUUAUUAUUAUUUAUAGUGGGAUGUAUAAAAAGUAAAUGUGGGACUGAUCUUGAUUUUGUUCAACGUUUACUACAUGAAUGCACUGCAAGCUGCUGUAAGAAAUUAUUCCCGUAAAUAUUUUAUGUGAAAUAAAUCCCAGAUAUAUAACCGACA